UCAGCAACAAUGUGCCAGGAUCUGAUUUCUCCGUCGGCGCGGAUACAGCUCUCAAUGAAAUCACCGACAUUUGCGACCGAAUCAAACAAUCGGCCACCGGAUCGAAGCGACGUGUGUUCAUCGUGGAGACCAUGGGGGGCUACUGUGGCUAUUUGGCCACCCUCUCUGGACUCGCUGGAGGGGCUGACCAGGCCUACAUCUUCGAGGAACAUUUCUCUAUCAAGGACAUGCAGGGUGAUGUAGUGCAUUUGAAGGCCAAGAUAGAGGAUGGAGUACAGAGAGGUCUCAUUUUGAGAAAUGAGUAUGCUAACGACAACUAUACCACCGACUUUAUCCAGCAACUUUACUCGGAGGAGGGAAAAGGUGUUUUCAGUUGUAGAAAGAACGUUCUGGGCCACAUGCAACAGGGCGGACUGCCAACGCCGUUCGAUCGUAACAUGGGCACAAAACUGGCGGCCAAGGCGGUGGAGCGUGUCAUGACACAAAUUCAGCAGUACGAGAAGCCAGAUGGUUUUGUAUUCUGUGAUGAUGAGGAAACUGCCUGUCUUCUCGGGUUGGUGCGUAGGGCGUCAAAAUUCACCCCAAUGAAAGAACUAAAGAAGCAGACAGAUUGGAAGCAUCGUCUCCCACUGGAGCAGUGGUGGUUGAAAUUGCGGCCCCUCCUCCGAAUCCUGGCGAAACACGAGAAUGUAUACGAAAUGGAGGGCGUGAAUGUCACCUCCACUGAUGCGGAGAGUUCAGAUGGCGACGUCCUGUAAAAGGCAAAAUGGAACCUAGGACCGUCGGCGAUUGAGUGUCUUAUCCUAGUUUUCCUUCAUCCGCUUGUGCAGUGAUGUUCGUCGUUGGAUGUUGAAGAUCUCUAAGGGAUGCAUUGUGUGCAGCUUUUUGUUUUGAAUCAAUUUGAACAAUUCAGAUGUACAGCAGAACCUCUCUAUUGAGAAUACGAAUGGGCAUGGCAAGUGCUGUCCUUUAUAGAGAGUUGUACUGAUUAGAGAGGACAAAUUGAAUGGAAACAGCCAGUUUGGGACAACUAGUGUCCUUAAUUAAAAGAUGUCUGCUAAAGGAGGAUCCACCGGACCUGCCGGUGAUAAAAAAUAUUGAUAAAUACUGUACCAAUGCUAUUUAACCGGUUGAGGGUCACCUGUACAAAAGGUCUGUCUUACGUUUAAUAGGCCUAUUUGAAACAGACACGCCAAAACGCACUAAAUACUUAAUGGUGUUGAGACAGUAUGUAGUGCCCCAAACAAUGCAAAAAUUCAGCACACAGCUCUACGUUGAAAAGUUUGGUGCCUAAAGAUUGAUGUUUGUGUGUGAUGCCACUGACAGGAUUACUUCAACUAAAGGGUUUUUGCCUUCAACCCUUAGACAACGAGUAAGAAUCCUGCGGUGUAAAAUUGCAGUUUUGUGCCAUUGGGAAGGAAAUCACGAGUCCUUUCAGUUUGGGGUGAAUAUGCUUAAAGGGACAACUUGAGCGUGGGAU